UAUUGAAUAUUUCGUAUAUUUUAUCUUAUAUAUAGUAUACAAUUUUACACUUUUACAUUUUCCAUAAACUUCCGCAGUUUUUCCAAGAGUAGUAAAAGCGGGUACUCACCCACUGGAACAGUUAACAAAUUUUUUUUGUAACGGUUUUGUAACCGCUAUUCGAUCUUUUCAUGAAAUAAUUACUUAUAACAAAUUGACAAACAGCCUACGAACAACAUUUAAAUACAGUGGUGUCAUAGGAGAUGUGGAGACAUAGGUAGUUAUAUAAAUUGCAUAAUUGUGAAUCAAGGGUAGGAAUGCAAAUCAAGCAGUGCGAGAAAGAUAGUACAAUUAGUGUAUACGACCAUAGUGUAUACAAACAUAAUGUAUAUAAUUAUGGUGAAAGAUAUAUCUGUAUAUGUCAAAUCAUUGACAUGAUUGAAGAUGCACCUUAAGAAUGACAGCUAACAUCUAGACAUAUUACCUUCUAGUAACUUUUAUUUUUUCAUUUUCCUAGUAUCUACAGAUUUGAAUAAUUUAAAUAAUCAUAAUGGUUCGGUUUGAAAGUAUGACACCACAAGAGUAUAAAGAAAAGCAUGAAAAUUUUAAGAUAAUCCAUGGUUUUCAUGCUACACCUUUUGGGGAUUGCUUAAUUGGCAUUACUAACACUAAUAAGGCAAUUGUGCAUUUGGCUUUUGUUGAUAAAAAUAAUGAAGAAGCUUUAAAUGAAUUAAAGAACGAUUGGCCUCUUUCAAAAUUGGUCGAAGAUACCUCAAACGAAACAAACAAAAUUAUAGAAAAAAUCUUUUCCCGAUGUGUAACUGUGGAUGAUUCUACUUCUGUUCUCAUGAAGGGUACACAGUUCCAAAUAAAAGUUUGGGAAGCCUUGAUACUUAUUCCGCAUGGUACAACUGUUACUUACGAACAAGUUGCGUGUAAUAUAGAUAAACCAAAAGCUGUACGAGCUGUUGGAAAUGCGGUCAUGAAAAAUAAUAUUGGUUAUUUGGUGCCAUGCCAUCGCGUAGUAGGUAAAUCUGGUAGUAACAAAUAUAAAUGGGGAACGAAGCGUAAAGAAAAUAUCCUCUUCUAUGAGCGUGAUCAUAUAGACACUUAAGUUUAUUUUUUAUAUGUUUACAUACUUCCAUCAUUUUUUUAUUAAUUUAUAGUUUAAUACAAAGAGAUAUAGUUUAUGUAAUAUAGUACGAUUUUAUAAGUUCUGUUACUUACGAAUUGUUUAUUUCGUAAUAUAUAUAAAUAUAAAAAUUUAAGCAUUAAAAAUUCCCUGAUAUUUGCAUAGAUUAUGUAAAAUAGACACUGGAUAAUAUAAAAAGAAAAAUUGUUUAUUUUUAUACAUUAAAAAUUAUUUUUAUUAUCCUUAAAUACAAGUAUGCAGUAUAAUUUAUGUACACUUAAAGUAAUUAAUAAUUUAAGCUGUAAUGAUAAAUCCAUUGCACUCUUGCAUACAGUAACAGGAACACUAUGAUAUUAGGAUGGUCUUCGGCAUUCACAAUAAUUCUAAGAUGGUAAUAUAAAUUAAACAUAAAUAAAAUUGUGUAAUUUUAUAUUUGAAUUUAGAUAGUUAUCGAUAUAUGUAACUGUUUUGUAUAAAAAAAUGUAGCAUUUUGUAAAUAUCUUGUGUUAAUUUACAAAAUACUAAACUGUUUAAUUAGCAAUAUAUAAAAUAAAUGUCAAAAAAAGUGCGAAAGUAAA